AUGGAGUCUAGCUCAAGAGUAAGGGAAAAGGUUGAUUCGGCUUUGGAACAUUUUAGCCUUGGGGCGGAUGAGAAGGGAUGGAAUACUUUUACAUGUGUGUAUUGUAGGCAAACAUAUAAAGGUGGGGGUAUUAAUAGGAUGAAAAAACACCUUGCAGGGAUAAAAUGUGAUAUUGGAUUGUGUAAAAAGGUUUCUCAUGAUGUGAGAUACCAAAUGUUGGAAUAUGUGAAGGAGUUUGAGUUGAAGAAAAAAGCUAAGAAACAAUGUCAAGAAGAAAUGUUUAGUGUGCCUUCCACAAAUAGUGAUAUGCAAGAAGAUGAAGAUGUUCAAGAAGUAUUUAGUAGUGGGUUGCCUAAAAAACUUGUUUUAGGUAAAAGAAAGAGUACAAAUCCAAUGGAUAAUUACUUUGCUCCAAGAACUACUCUAGGAGCUCAACCUGGUCUUAAAAGUGUGUUCCAAAGUAAAGAAAGGGUGAGGCAAGCUGAUAUGGCUAUUGCAAGGUUUCUGUAUGACAAUUGCAUUCCUUUUAAUGUAGUGAAUUCAGUGUACUACCAAAGGAUGAUUGAUGCCGUAGCUGCUGCUGGUCCUGGUUACAAAGAUCCAUCUUAUCAUGCUGUACGGGUCCCUUUGUUGAGGGAUCAAAAGAAAAAGGAUAUGGGAGACAUGCCUCAUGUGGAAAGACUCAAAAAACAUGCAUCCAAAGUUACAGUUUUUAUUUAUAAUCAUAUGGCUUUGAUUGCUUGGUUAAGGAAGAGACCUGGUUGGACAGAUAUUGUACGUGUAGGAGCAACAAGAUUUGCUACUACUUUCCUUUCAUUUGGAAGUCUUCAUGUGCAUAAGCAUGACUUGCAAGCCUUAGUGACUAGCAAGUUCUUUAUGGACAAUAGAUUGGCAAGAGAGUCAAAGGCAAAAGAAGUAGUUUCUAUCAUUUUAGAUAAUUCUUUUUGGGAUGAUAUUAAUGUUCUUGUCAAGAUUUCAUCGCCACUCAUUUGUUUGUUAUUGAUUGUUGAUUCUGAUCAAAGGCCUGCAAUAGGAUAUGUGUAUGAGGGCAUGCAUAGAGCACAGUUGGGAAUCAAGAAGAUCUUCCAAAUGAAGAAGCACUUGUACAAGCCAUACACCUCAAUUAUAAAAAACCGCUGGGACAAACAUUUGUGA